GUCUAACGAAUCGAUGCCUUUCUUUCAAAGACCAAUUACUUCAAUUUUCUUUCCUUUUUCAGUUUUUGUUCUCUCAAAAGUUAAAAUCACCAUCCAUCAAAUUUAACGAACCCAAAUGAAAUGGUUUCAUUUGCUCAACUGAGUGAGGUGAGAUUGAUAACCAAUGGAUUCUUCAAAUUCUAUACAGACGGCGACCGCGCCGAUCCCUGUUGAUCUGUUCGUUUCAAGAAACUGGCUUACACGUGGAGAGAUCGGGUUCGCUGACUCCUCCGGUAAUAUUGUUUUCAAAGUCAACCGUCAACUUUCUGCUAAAAUUGUUGUUCUUAAUUCCAUAGGAAAUCCUCUCGUUUCCUUGUAUCACCAAAGACAAGGAUUGUGGCAAGGUUUUAAGGGGGAUGAUGGUGGGGAGAAGGAUUUGAUGUUUAGAGUGCAGAGGAUGCUGAAUAGACUUACUAGAACUGAAUUUGACGUAUUCCUUGUUGGUGAGAACCAGGAAGAGUCCACCUCUGAUGUCAAAAUGAAAGGUUUUCCUUUCCGAAGAUCUUGCACCAUCUUUAAAGGCAAUUCUAUAGUGGCUCAGACUAGUCUCAUGUACAAGCUUCAUCAGAUUUAUGCCAGAAGGAAUAGAUUUCGACUAACCAUAUUUCCAGGGUCUUUUGAUACAACUUUAAUUGUGGCUUUGGUCGCAAUAUUCUUUGACUGAUGAUUAAAAUAAUGGAA